AUGCAAGAUUCACCUCUCGCUGCACCUUCGCGCCGUCUCACCAUGACUCAUGUCAGCCGCACGGACAGCGAGCGGCGUAGAACGUCCCAGAAUAGAAGGCAGGACCCAAUAUGCCAUAUUCAACAAGGGGUAGCCGGCAUCAUCCUCGAUUACACCACUCCAUUCUGUGCUGAUAUCAUGAAUGCUCCCAAGGAGCCUAAAGUAAAACCACCGGCUAUUGACGCCUAUGAUGGCACGUCUGAUCCUGAUGUACACCUCUUGGCCUAUCGGCAUCAUAUGUAUGUCCAGGGAACUACUGAUGCAACCUGGUGCAAAUACUUUCCGUCCACUCUGAAAGGGGUUGCCUCCAAAUGGUUCGAGAAGUUUCCUGCGGGAACGAUCAACAUAUAUGCCGAAUUGGAGAUGUUAUUUUCAGCAAGAUUUAUGGCUUACAAAGAAGAGAAAAAGACGAGCAUGCACUUGGGGCGAAUACAGCAAGGAAAAGAUAAAUCUUUGCGAAGCUAUGUUCGACAUUUCAAUUUGGAAUCAGGACAGAUUCCGGACCUACCUGAUGGGGUGGCGUUUGAUUAUUUCGUUAGGGGACUUAAGAAGGGGUUCUUUAAGUUCGAUUUGGUGAAGAAAGGUGUGAGAACUAUGGCCGACGCUCUGGAUGAGGCCGAGUCCUUUAUUUAUGCCACUGAAAUCUGCUCUGUCCCCAAAGAGUAUAAGGGAACGGAAGCCACAGAUCAUCCUCAGCGCAAGGAUAAGUCAGACAAAAAGACCAGCCGUCCGAAUGGGAUAUGGGCCAUUGAAAAGAAAGGAUAUCAGGCAGACCGCUCCCAAGGACAGAAGAGAGGACGACCCUAUGACAAAGAAAGGUUCGAAUACAACACUGACCUGUAUACGAUACUGCUAGAUGUCAGUGAUAGGUAUGAGAUUGAUCGACCAUUCCCCAUGAAGUCGCCGGUGGAAACUCGGGACAGCUCGCUUUACUGUAAGUUCCAUUGUGAUGUGGGACAUGAAACAAAAGAUUGCAAGUCCCUACGAAGGGCUCUCGAUGGAUUAGCCGCUAAAGGGUUCCUGAAAUUCUAUCUCAGCACAAGCACAGGGGGAAGUGGUAAAAAAUUCUACAAGAAAAGCAAGUCACCGUCAUACCGAUGUGAUGACAACGACACUGACCCAGAAAUUAUAGCCGUCAUCUCAGGAGGUCUAGCCGCUGGGGGCCCAACAAUGAGAGGUCAAAAAGACUAUGCAAGCCGGUUGGGACAGGUCAUGUUGUCUGGAAAGCUCCAAUUGACCAUUUCCCUAAAGUAG